GUGCUUCAGGGGGAGGCCCUUACAUACAAGAAACGUAAGCAAGAUAGUAUGGAAAUAUCUAGUAUAUAUAACCCAGAGUUCAACAGAAAAAAUAAAAAGGCAAGAACUUCAGCUACCGAAGAAGAAGAAAAUUUAGCCAAAAUUUGGAGAACAAGCUAUAAAGAUGCAGAAAACAAGGAGUUGCUCCAAACAGUAGACCAGAACUCAGACAACACAGUUACAUUGCAAGCAGUAGUA